AUUCAGAGGGGAAGAAUUCAACGAUGUUAAAACUUAUAAAUUACAAUUUCGAUUACCAAGUUUCAAUUCUAAGAUCAAAGAGUUGAUCAGGAAAAGAGAAAUUUCCAAAUACCGCCAAAGAUGAUAGCUGUUCAGUGUCACCCUCGCUUCCCCAUUUCUCUCAAUUUAUCUUCUUCUACUUCUUCUCCGCGGAUUAAACCCCAAAUUUCUCCUAUUUCCAGCUCAAAUCUCCCUUCACUGUCAAAAAAUGUGGGCAGAACCAGAAGCCGGACAACCCUCGUGAGGGGCGACUUCAGGGAUGGCGUUGAGCCAGUUCAAGAGUCGGCUUUCUUCGACGAAAACGGCGCCGUCGAAGACAUGGAUGGAUACCUCAAUCAUCUGUCCCUAGAGUAUGACUCAGUUUGGGACAUCAAGCCUGCGUGGUGCCAACCUUGGACAGUUACACUGACCGGGAUGGUAAUAAUUACCGGUAGCUGGCUAGUUUGGAACUCAGUAACAGUUACCUCAGCGGUAACAUCUGUAAUUUGCUUGUGGUGGUACGUCUUUCUGUACCAUUAUCCAAAGGCAUAUUCAGAUAUGAUUGCGGAGCGAAGAAAGAAGGUAACAAGCGGUGUAGAAGACACCUAUGGUAUGAAAACUGGGCAAUGAUCUUGGAGGGACAACUUUUCGGCCCAGGUUAUAAGAGCAUGUAUACAUCAUUGUAAACAAAGAUAUAAAGGCAUGUAUACAUCAUCGUAAAAACAAGUAAAUCUUCUUGGAUUAAAAUUUCAAUUGGACACCU